AUGCACCACGGCGUCAGCAGAGCUGCAGGAACUCUCGGGAUCAUUCCGGUGCAGCCCGGGAGUAUACGCUCUAUCACCUCGCGGCCACCCGGGGUGCAGCUGCUGCCCUGGCUCUUACUCUUAAUUCUGUCACUGGUGAGGUGGGUCUCCGCUCAACUUGAGGGCCCCAGCUCUGUGCUGCUGUCUUCUGGCUUCACUGGACCGUCGGGUGCCCCAGCAGAAGAGGUGAUAGUGCUGGCCAACCGUGGACUCCGAGUGCCUUUCGGGCGCGCAGUCUGGCUGGACCCUCUGCAUGACCUGGUGCUGCAGGUGCAGCCGGGGGAUCGCUGCCAGGUGGUUGUGCUGGACAACGAUGCGUUGGCUCAGCUACCUGGUCACCUCAGCCCCAGGAGGUUUCCCUGCGACUUUGGACCUGGAGAGGUGAGCUACUCACACCUGGGAGCCCGCAGCCCUUCACGGGACAGAGUCCGGUUGCAGCUGCGCUAUGAUACUCCCAGUGGGUCAGUGGUGCUGCCCCUGGUGCUGGAGGUGGAGGUACUUUUUACCCAGCUGGAGAUAGUGACCAGGAACCUGCCCCUGGUAGUAGAGGAGCUUCUGGGCACUAGCAACCAGUUAGAUCGUCGUAGCCUGGAAUUCACUUACCAGCCUGAGACAGAGGAAUGCAGGGUAGGCAUCCUAUCUGGGCAGGGAGCUCUUCCUCGCUAUGGGAAACUACUCCACUAUCCGCAGGCUCUAGGAGCAGAGAGGGAAGGGGAAGGGGAAGAAGGAUUGGGGAAGCCUCUGAUGAUGGACUGCAAUGCUUUUCUGGAGCUAGGAGUGCGAUACUUGCAUACAGCACCUGGUCGCUCCCCAAAUCGGGACUGGGUGCCAAUGGUCGUGGAGCUGCACCCCAGAGGUGCCCCAGUAGGAACCCCAUCUUUGAAACGAGAGCACUUUCAAGUGCUGGUGAGAAUCCGGGGAGGCAUGGAGAACACACCACCUAAACCCAGUUUUGUUGCCAUGAUGAUGAUGGAGGUGGACCAGUUCGUGCUGACUGCCCUGACACCGGACAUGUUGGCAGCUGAGGAUUCUGAAUCAGACCCGGACUUGCUGGUUUUCAAUCUUACUUCGCCGUUCCAGCAGGGUCAAGGCUAUUUGGUGAGCACGGAUGACCGCAGCUUACCUCUGUCUUCCUUCACCCAGCGGGACCUGCGGCUCCUCAAAAUUGCUUACCAGCCCCCAGCAGAGGAUUCUGACCAGGAGCGUCUUUUUGAACUAGAACUGGAAGUGGUAGAUCCAGAGGGUGCAGCCUCAGAUCCUUUUGCCUUCAUGGUGGUUGUGAAACCCAUGAACACUCUGGCUCCUGUGGUCACCAGAAAUACCGGCCUUAUCCUUUAUGAGGGUCAGUCCCGGCCCCUCACUGGCCCCCCAGGCAGUGGACCCUCCAAUCUGGUCAUCAGUGAUGAGGAUGACCUGGAUACUGUGAAGUUGGAGGUGGUAGCUGGCCUUCAGCAUGGGCAUCUGGCCCUCUUGGGGUCCCCUAGUGGAGAUCCUGGUUCUGGGUCACCACGAAAACACUUCACAGUAGCUGAACUGGAGGCUGGGCAGGUAGUCUACCAGCAUGAUGAUAGUGAUGGAUCUCUGAGUGAUAACCUGGUGCUUCGAAUGGUAGAUGGAGGAGGCCGGCACCAGGUACAAUUCCUCUUUCCCAUUACCCUGGUGCCUGUGGAUGACCAGCCACCUGUCCUCAAUGCUAAUACUGGACUGGUGCUGGCUGAGGGUGAUACUGUUCCAAUUCCACCACUGGCUUUGAGUGCCACUGACAUUGACUCUGAUGACUCUAUGAUACUUUUUGUGUUGGAGCCUCCCUACUCAGCAACAGGGCAAUUGCUACUCCGCCAGACUCAUCCACCCAGAGAUGGGGAGGGGCUUACUGGAGGCCCUUGGAGGCAAGUGGUGGACUCUCAGAAGGGUACAUUCUAUGAGAGGUCAGUGAUAGAGUGGCGGCAGCAGGACAUUGUUGAGGGGAGACUGUUCUACCGGCACAUUGGUCCCCACAGCCCUGGAUUGGGUCCUGUCAUGGACCAGUUUGUCUUCAGAGUCCAGGAUGACCAUGAUCCCCCCAACCAAUCAGGACUACAGAAGUUUGUGCUUCGUAUUCAUCCUGUGGAUCACCUACCUCCAGAGCUGGGCAGUGGUUGCCCACUAAGGAUGGUGGUACAAGAGUACCAGCUCACCCCACUAAAAAAGAAGUGGCUACGUUACACUGACCUGGACACAGAUGACCGGGAACUGCGCUACAUUGUGACUCAGCCCCCCACAGACACAGAUGAAAAUCAUCCUCCAGCCCCACUGGGGACAUUGGUUUUGACUGAUAACCCCUCAGUUGCAGUGACCCAUUUCACCCAGGCCCAGAUCAACCACCACAAAAUUGCUUAUAGACCCCCAGACCAGGAACUGGGGGUGGCUGCUCGGGUAGCCCAGUUCCAGUACCAGGUAGAGGACCGGGCUGGGAAUAUGGUUCCAGGGACUUUUACUUUUUAUCUGCAGCCAGUGAAUAAUCAACCCCCUGAGAUCCUCAAUACAGGCUUCACCAUUCAGGAGAGGGGCCAGCACAUCCUGAGUAAAACUGAGCUACAUGCUACUGAUGUGGACACUGAUGCUACCCAUAUCUCCUUUACCAUUACUCAGGUUCCUAAACAUGGUCAAUUGCAGUUAAGCCAAAGGAAGCUAGUAGUGGGUGAACUCUUUCACUUGGAAGACAUUGUUCAGGGCAGGGUCACUUAUGUCCACAAUGGGGAUGAGUCCUCAAGUGACAGCUGCUCUAUAGAAGUGAGUGAUGGCCUUCAUGUGGUACCCAUUACCCUCAGAGCAAAUGUACGCCCAGUAGAUGAUGAAGUACCUGUUCUGUCCUUGCCUGCUGGUACCCUGGGCUCCUACCUAGAUGUGUUAGAAAAUGAAGCUGCUGAAAUUACAGCUCAUGUAAUCAAGGGUACUGAUGAGGACAGUGAUGAUCUGAUGCUGACUUUUCUCUUGGAAAAACCCCCGCUAUAUGGGGAAAUCCUAGUCAGUGGAGUCCCAGCUGAGCAGUUUUCACAGAGGGAGAUCCUAGAGGGAUCUGUCGUGUAUGCCCACACCAGUGGUGAAAUAGGCCCAUUUCCCAAAGAGGAUUCUUUCAACCUAACGUUGUCAGAUAUGUCUCAGGAAUGGCGUGUUGGGGGCAACAUUGUGCAGGGAGUUACCGUGUUGGUGACCAUUCUCCCCAUUGAUAAUCAGGCCCCUGAGGUCACUGUGGGGGAGCAAUUUAUGGUGGUCGAGGGCGAUAAAAGGGUAAUUACCAGUUCCCAUAUAAGUGCUGAGGACAUUGAUUCCCCUAAUGAUGACAUUUUAUGUACUAUAGUUACCCAGCCUACUUCAGGAUAUGUUGAAAAUAUUUCCCCAGCUCCAGGCUCAGAGAAAUCAAGAGCAGGAAUAGCCAUCAGUGCCUUCACUCUGAAAGACCUUAAACAGGGACAUAUUUAUUAUGUCCAGAGUAUCCACAAGGGUGUGGAACCAGUGGAAGAUCGAUUUACAUUCCGUUGUUCUGAUGGGAUUAAUUUUUCUCACAGACACUUUUUCCCCAUUGUGAUCAUUCCAACCAAUGACGAACAGCCAGAAAUGUUUAUGCGAGAAUUUAUGGUGAUGGAAGGUAUGAGUCUGGUUAUUGAUACUCCCAUCCUCAAUGCUGCUGAUGGAGAUGUUCCUGCAGAUGACCUGACUUUUGUUAUCACCCGAUUUCCCUCCCAUGGUCACAUCAUGAACCAGUUGAUCAAUGGUACAGUUUUGGUGGAAAGCUUCACGCUGGAUCAGAUCAUUGAAAGUUCUAGCAUUAUUUAUGAGCAUGAUGACUCUGAGACUCAGGAGGACAGCUUUGCCAUAAAACUAACUGAUGGCAAAUAUUCGGUAGAGAAAAGGGUGAUCAUAUUGGUUAUUCCUGUGGAUGAUGAAACCCCAAGAAUGACUAUCAAUAAUGGACUAGAAAUUGAAAUGGGAGAAACCAAAAUUAUUAACAACAAGGUAUUGAUGGCAACUGAUUUAGACUCUGAAGACAAAAGUUUGGUUUAUAUUAUUCGUUAUGGACCAGGGCAUGGCCUAUUACAAAGACGAAGGCCUGAUGGUACAGUUGAUAUCACCCUGGGCAUGAAUUUUACCCAGGAUGAAGUGGACAGAGAUUUAAUUCAAUAUGUGCAUUUGGGGCAGGAAGGUAUUCGGGACCUGAUCAAAUUUGAUGUGACUGAUGGAUUAAAUCCCCUCAUUGACCGAUAUUUUUAUGUGUCUAUUGGUAGCAUCGACAUAGUUUUCCCAGAUGUAAUAAGCAAGGGAGUAUCCUUAAAAGAAGGAGGAAGGGUAACACUCACAACAGACUUACUGAGCACCAGUGACCUCAACAGUCCUGAUGAAAAUUUAGUUUUUAGCAUCACCAGAGCCCCUGUGAGGGGUCACUUGGAGUGCACAGAUCGGUCAGGAGUGCCCAUCACCUCUUUCACUCAGCUUCAGCUCGCAGGGAACAAAAUCUACUACAUUCACACAGCUGAUGAUGAGGUGAAAAUGGACAGCUUUGAGUUUGAAGUUACUGAUGGCCGCAACUCUGUCUUUCGCACUUUCCGGAUCUCCAUUAGUGAUGUAGACAACAAGAAGCCAGUGGUCACUAUCCAUAACCUGGUGGUGAGUGAAAGUGAAAAUAAGCUUAUCACUCCCUUUGAACUCACUAUAGAAGACAGAGAUACCCCUGACCAUCUCUUGAAAUUCACCGUCACCCAACUACCUGUUCAUGGUCAUCUCAUGUUCAAUAAUACCAGGCCUAUUAUGGUCUUCACCAAACAGGACCUGAAUGAAAAUUUGAUCAGCUACAAACAUGAUGGGACAGAGUCAACUGAAGAUAGCUUCUCAUUCACUGUGACUGAUGGCACACAUGCUGAUUUCUAUGUUUUUCCUGAUACCGUAUUUGAAACAAAGAGACCUCAAAUGAUGAAAAUCCAAGUGAUUGCUGUUGACAACAGCUCACCUCAAAUUGUGGUGAACAAAGGUGCCCCACCCUUGCUCUUGACAACUGGACACUUGGGUUUCAUGAUUACAAACAAAAUACUGAAAGUGGAGGACAAGGACAGUUUGCAUAUUUCUCUCAAGUUCAUUGUCGACCGGAGCCCACACCAUGGAUUUCUCUUCAACCUGGGGAAAGAUCACAGUGUCACUCAGUUUACACAAGCUGACAUUGAUGACAUGAAAAUAUGCUAUGUUUUAAGAGAAGGAGCGAAUGCCACAAGUGAUCGUUUCUACUUUACAGUUGAAGACGGUGGAGGAAAUAAGUUGAAGAACCAACAUUUUCAUCUGAAUUGGGCAUGGAUCUCCUUGGAAAAAGAAUACUAUCUUGUCAAUGAAGACUCUAAAUUUCUGGAUAUUGUCCUCAAACGAAGAGGUUACCUGGGAGAAACUUCUUUUGUCAGUAUUGGCACACAAGAUGGCACAGCAAAAAAAGACAGAGACUUCAAAGGAAAGGCACAGAAACAAGUGCAAUUCAACCCAGGUCAAACCACAGCCACCUGGCGAGUGCGAAUUCUGAGCGACGGUGAACAUGAGCAGUCAGAAACCUUCCAGGUGGUGCUGUCAGAGCCUGUCAUGGCUGCUCUAGAAUUCCCUGCUGUGACAACAGUGGAGAUUAUUGACCCAGGAGAUGAAUCAACUGUCUUUAUUCCUCAGUCCGUCUACACCAUUGAAGAAGACGUUGGUGAAUUGUUCAUCCCCAUCAAGAGAAGUGGAGAUGUGAGCCAGGAAUUGAUGGUGAUCUGCUACACUCAACAAGGAACUGCAACAGGGACUGUCCCAACAUCUGUGCUCUCCUAUUCUGAUUACAUAUCCAGGCCUGAGGAUCAUACCAGUGUUCUUCGAUUUGACAAAGACGAACGGGAGAAAAUGUGCCGGAUUGUUAUUAUUGAUGACUCUCUGUAUGAAGAGGCUGAAACAUUUCACGUUCUGCUGAGCAUGCCCAUGGGCGGAAGAAUUGGUUCAGAGUUCCCAGGGGCUCAGAUUACGAUUAUCCCUGACAAAGAUGAUGAGCCAACUUUCUACUUUGGUGCUGUUGAGUACUCUGUUGAUGAGAGUGCUGGAUUUGUUGAAGUACGCAUCUGGAGAACUGGCACUGAUCUCUCAAGACCUUCUAGCAUCAUGGUGAGAUCUCGGAAAAGUGAGCCCCCAUCUGCUGAUGCUGGAACUGACUAUGUGGGAAUAAGUCGUAAUUUAGAUUUUGCACCUGGAGUUAAUGUGCAAACUCUCCGGGUCAUUAUUUUGGAUGAUCGAGGACAACCAAUAUUAGAGGGAAUUGAGAAGUUUGAAUUGGUGUUACGUAUGCCUAUGAAUGCUGCCCUUGGAGAACCCAACAAAGCCACGAUUUUUAUUAAUGAUUCAGCUUCUGAUUUACCUAAGAUGCAAUUUAAAGAACGUGUGUACACUGGUAAUGAAAAUGAUGGCCAGAUUGUUGCCAUGAUUUAUAGGAGUGGGGAUAUCCAACACAGGUCAUCAGUGAGAUGCUACACUCGGCAGGGAUCUGCUCAAGUCAUGAUGGACUUUGAAGAACGUCCAAACACAGACAGUUCCAUUGUUACAUUCCUUCCUGGUGAGACUGAGAAGCCCUGCAUCCUUGUACUUACGGAUGAUUUCAUCUAUGAAGAAGAAGAGGAGCUACGUCUUGUUCUUGGUACUCCACGAAGUGAAUCCCGCUUUGGAGCUUCAGUUGGUGAACAAAAUGAAACUUUGAUAAAGAUCCGAGAUGAUGCUGACCGGGCAAUUAUUAAGCUGGGAGAAACCAAAUUUAGCGUCCGUGAACCAAAAGGACCAAGUCAGUCAGUCAUUGUGAAAAUUCCUGUGCUUCGUCAAGGAGACACUUCAAAGGUUUCCAUUGUGAGAGUGCACACAAAAGAUGGCUCUGCUGUCUCAGGAGAAGACUAUCACCCCGUGUCAGAAGAAAUUGAAUUUAAGGAGGGUGAAACCCAGCACAUUGUUGAGAUUGAAGUGCUCUUUGAUGGAGUCAGAGAGAUGAGGGAGGCCUUUACUGUUCACCUGAAGCCUGAUGAAAACAUGGUAGCAGAGACACAGAUGACCAAAGCCAUUGUGUACAUAGAAGAAAUGAACAGCAUGGCAGAUGUGACUUUCCCUUCUGUGCCUCAAGUUGUAUCCCUUUUGAUAUAUGAUGACACUUUCAGAGUUAAGGACAGUGUUGGCCCAGUGCCUGGAUACCCUGUGGCUUGUGUUACAGCUUGCAACCCCAAAUAUUCUGACUAUGAGAAGACAGGCUCUAUAUGUGUAAGUGAGAGUAUCAAUGAUACAUUGACCAGAUACCGUUGGCUUGUUAGCGCACCCACAGGCCCUGAUGGCGUGACCAGCCCCAUGAAAGAAGUGGAUUUUGACACCUUUUUUACUUCCUCAAAGAUGAUCACUUUGGACUCCAUUUACUUUCAAGCUGGUUCCAGGGUACAGUGUGCAGCUCGAGCUGUGAACACAGAUGGAAAUGAAGGGCUGGAGCUAAUGAGCCCAAUUGUCACAGUGAACAGAGAGGAAGGUCUUUGUCAGCCCCGGGUGCCAGGUGUGGUCGGCGCAGAACCAUUCUCAGCCAGAUUGCGUUAUACCGGCUCUGAAGACACAGACUACACAAAUCUCAUCAAGCUCACUGUCACAAUGCCACACAUUGACGGCAUGCUCCCCGUGAUCUCCACUAGAGAAUUGUCCAACUUUGAGCUGACACUUAGCCCUGACGGCACAAGAGUUGGGAACCACAAGUGCUCCAACCUCCUGGAUUACACUGAAGUAAAGACUCAUCAUGGCUUCUUAACUGAUGCUACCAGAAACUCAGAAGUGAUUGGAGACACAUAUCCUUACCAAUACAGUGCAACCAUCAGAGGUUCUAGUACCUUGCGAUUCUAUCGCAACCUGAACCUGGAAGCCUGUUUAUGGGAAUUUGUCAGCUACUAUGAUAUGUCUGAGCUCCUUACAGACUGUGGAGGCACCAUUGGGACUGAUGGGCAGGUCCUGAAUCUAGUACAAUCCUAUGUCACACUGAGAGUUCCACUCUAUGUUUCCUAUGUUUUCCACUCCCCAGUGGGGGUGGGAGGAUGGCAACAUUUUGACCUAAAGUCUGAGCUUCGACUGACUUUUGUGUACGACACUGCCAUCUUGUGGAAUGAUGGAAUUGGCAGCCCACCAGAAGCUGAACUUCAAGGUUCCCUUUAUCCAACCAGCAUGCGCAUCAGCGAGGAAGGACGUUUGGUGGUAAACUUCAAGACAGAAGCUCGAUUCCAUGGCUUAUUUGUGUUGUCCCAUCCUGCGUCUUCCAUGAGCUCUAUGAUCAUCUCAGCUGAUCAUCCUGGCCUGACUUUUUCUCUCCGUCUUAUAAGGAGUGAGCCAACAUACAACCAGCCAGUCCAACAAUGGAGCUUUGUUUCUGACUUUUCGGUUAGAGACUACUCAGGAACCUAUACUGUGAAACUGAUAGCAUGCACAACCUCUCCACAUCAGGAAUACAGCUUACCAGUGAUUUGUAACCCCAGAGAGCCAAUCACAUUUGACCUGGACAUCCGAUUUCAGCAGGUCAGUGACCCUGUGGCAGCAGAGUUUAGCUUGAACACACAGAUGUUCCUUCUAUCCAAGAAGAGUCUCUGGUUGUCUGAUGGAUCAAUGGGAUUUGGGCAGGAGAGUGAUGUUGCAUUUACAGAAGGUGAUAUCAUUUAUGGUCGAGUAAUGGUGGAUCCUGUACAGAACCUGGGUGAUUCUUUCUACUGCAGCAUUGAGAAAGUGUUCCUCUGUACUGGAGCUGAUGGCUAUGUACCUAAAUAUAGUCCAAGUAAUGCUGAAUAUGGUUGCUUAGCAGACUCCCCUUCUCUCCUGUAUAGAUUUAAAAUUGUGGACAAAGCUCAACCAGAAACCCAAGCCACCAGCUUUGGAAAUGUUCUAUUCAAUGCCAAACUUGCCGCAGAUGACCCUGAAGCAGUUCUCUUAGUUAAGCAGCCUGGAUCUGAUGGAUUUAAAGUUGACUCAACACCACUAUUUCAGGUCUCGCUUGGCAGGGAAUGGUACAUACAUACGAUCUAUACAGUCAGAUCCAAAGAGAAUACUAACCGAGGUGUUGGUAAAAGGAGUACAGAGUAUCAGUACCACUCUCUGUCAAGUCCUGGGAUACUUAGAACAUCCACACAGAGCAGAAAGAAAAGAGAGGCCAGAGAUGCUCCCCCACUUGCCAAGGAAAUUGGGGCUGAAAGCAACAGAGGAACAAACAUCCAGCACAUAGCCCUGGACCGCACCAACAAGAGGCAGAUUCCCCAAAGUGAAGCUCCUCUGGAUGGAGUUCUUCCCAGGGAGUUGAACAACAGCAGUCCUGAAGUAAACCUCAUCACAGUUAUCACAGGUGUAGCCACUGGCCUGCUUACCAUCUGUCUAAUUGCAAUCACCGUACUGCUGCUAAAGAGGAAAGAGAGCUCCAAAAAGAAGGAAGCCCCAGACGGAUCAGGGAGCAGUGAACCAAUGAUGCCCCAGCAUCAGUACGCUAGUGACAGCUCAGAGGUUUGA